CCAGGCAGUGUAUUAUUAUAUAAUCAAUUUAAAAUGUUGAAUUUAGAACAUUAUUCCUUUUUCAAUUCACAUAUUUACUUAAAAGACUUGUUAGACUUUAUGUAUACAUAUUCAACAGUGCAUUCAUAGAGCUCAGUUUCUUUUUAUUAAUUUAAAAAAAAUUUGUAGAUGAAGUAAUGAAAUUCUGUUUAUGCCACAUUAUGGUGCAACUAAAUUUAAUUCCUUUAAAAAAUUGAAUGUAUGUAUCAUAUACUUGGUCACUAGAUGGGGCAAUUUUCCAUGAAGACAGAAGUUGUUUACUCUAUUCACAUCCCAGCAGACACUGCCUCAGACUAAAUAUAGCCUACUUGAAUUCCAGUCUUCUUUUAGAAAAAAGAAACUAAAGAAUUGAGCUGUAAUAACCAUAACACCUUGAUGUUGUUUACUUAUAGGGCCCACAGUGGAGGGGCUCUCAAUCUUGCUCUUGAAGAUCUACAGCUGUUUCACAGCUGGGGGAGGAGUGGGUGGAGGAGGAGUGAAGAAACAGAAGACAGUUUUGGUGUUGUGGUGAAAAUGGAGGAAAUGGACAUGAUGGUUAAUUUCUGAGGCAAAUUAGUAGAUCAAAGUUGAUGUGGUGGAAAAGGAAGUAUGUCUUUAAGGUAGUCUAACAAAAUAACUUUUUAAUAUAGACCUGUUUUCUAUAUUAAAUGAAUGUUGAUAUAUUAAUUAUAUUUCUUAAAAGCAACUAUUUCGACAGAAGAACCCUCAACAAUGAUUUCUUGUAUGAUAAAGCUGAAACAUAUUUUCAUAUUAUAAAUCAGUAAUUUUGAUUCUUAACAUCAAAUAAUAAAAUAGGCCUAUUUACUUUACAUAGCUAGAUACUAUAUUUAAUACAUGAUUACAUUUAAUAAAUGUAUUAAUACUUAAACAUUAUGAGGUUGUAUAUAUUAAAGGUGCUAGGAUAUGUUAAAUGUUUUUCAAAAAUGUAUGAAAUCCACAUGAAACAAACAUGACAUUUCUAAAAACAAAACUAAAUUUCUAAAAGAUUUCUCCAUUGUAUCGUCUAGCACGUCCUUAUAUGUCACUGACACUAUAUGCAAAGACAGAAACCUUUAUUGCUUCUGUCAGGCUCAAACCGAUCCACCUUCAACCAAUGUGCUCUAGUGUACGUCACAAGGGGGCGGAGCUACAGAGCCGAAUAAAACGUGCUCUCUGUAUACAUACUAGUGGAACGUGCCGAAGCCAGUUAAUAACAGGCAGUGACUCGAGGAGUUGACAUUUAUCAGAGGCUGCUCUGCGACUGACAUCAUUCAUUUCACCUGGCGUGGGAGCCGAGAAUCAAAGACAGCAAAAGGGAUUCUGACAUGCACUUUCAGAAAUCACCGAAGGAAAAGGCGUGUUACCCUCUGCCCACAGUGAAGAAACUCCUGGAGCAGAAGAGAAAGAGAGAGACCUCCUCAGCACCCCCCUCCUGCUCUACAGCAUCUUAUACUGCUGGUGGCGCUGCAUCUGUCCCAGUGUUGGCAUCAGUACAUUCUCCCACUGCCGGAACCAGUGCAAGCUACACAGACAUGGCCGCAGUUAGAUAUGACAGAUGGGAUGUUCCCAGCAUUCAUCAGGCACAUUCCUCCCUACAGCAGUGCAACCCUUUCUCGUUCAUGUCCACUUCCUCCGCCGCAGCAAACUUUACCCAGACUGGACAGACGCUUGCUGCUGGCUACAGCCCUCAGCAGAUACAAGACUGCCAGGACGCCCAGACAACACAGCAAUAUUCUAUAACAGAGUGCCCUGUAACUGCAGCCGGGACUGAUAUGACUGGGACAGUCCCCGUUCAGAGCUCCGGCUUGUGUUGGCCAUCUGAAUCCAGAGCAGAGGAUCACACAAGCCAAUACGUUCUCCAAGAUUUCAGGCCCCAAAUGGAUAUGGUGAAGCUGCAGGAGGCUCGAGUCUUCCUGCAGAACAUGGAUUACAGCAGAACCACCUGGCAGGAUGAUGAUGGGGACACGAUUUUACAUAUCUAUACUGCUAAAGGCCUGAGGGAAUAUGCUUUUGCUGCUGCGGAGAAACUCCGUGGACUGGGGAAGUUGGAUUCUAAAGAACACAAGGGCAAGACUGCUUUGCUGGUGGCCGUAACUGCUAAUCAGCCAGAUAUAGUCCAGGAUCUACUCUAUCUUGGUGCGGACAUCGGCAUCUGUGAUGUCAACGGUCAAACUGCGCUCCAUCUGGCUGCCACCUAUGGUUUCCCCUGUGUCAUGGAGGUUAUUCUCUCUGCUGGACUGCGAGUGGACCUGGAGGCUCGUAAUUUUGAAGGUCUGACUCCUCUGCACUGUGCAGUGAUCUCUCACUGUGCCACGAUGAAGGCUAUAAAUGCCUCCUCCUCAUCCUCAACAUGGCUAGUCGAUGGCAGUCUACAGACUCAAGCAGAAGAUAAACUGAUGUGUUUGCGGCUUCUUAUAAAUGCUGGGGCUUCAGUUCUCAGUCAGGAAAUCAAAAGCAACAAGACAGUUCUUCACCUGGCAGUGAAGGAGGGGAAUAUCCAUCUCGUGCGCUUCCUACUGAGCCUCCAACUCUCCAAUAUGCAGGCGUUCAUCAACAUGAAAGCUCACGGACAUACCGCCCUACACAUGGCCGCAGGGCUGCACGGAAACCCCUAUCAGGAGGAACUGAUCCGGCUGCUGCUGAACCGUGGCGCUGAUCCCAGCAUCCGCAACCUGGAGAACGACCAGCCCGCUCAUUUACUGCAGAGCGGAGACAAAGGAGAGAAACUCAAGCUCAUCUUGAAGAAGAAAAGCGCCUCCUCCAGGCGACGUUUUACAUCCUUACAGGACCAAGAGUGACUAGGACUGAUCAGUCCAAGCGUUCCCCACUUUCUCCAAUAGAGAUCUAGAUCAAAUAACAGUACGCACAAAAACAUCAGUCUUGAUCAACUCACCAUCAAGAUGUAGAUAAGAACAAUUACGGAUUGACCUUUGUCAAAUAAUUAUGACCAGAACGAGCUUUUAAAAUUAACCCAAAGACAGUCUUCCUUGACUAGAAUGAAUCUAGAUCAUCCCUGGAGAAGGAUGGGUUUAUCUUCAGUAUCCUUUUAUGAGGAUUUUCACUUAUUGCAUCAUUUUAGUAUGACAGUAUAUCUUUUUUUCAAGGAUCAUUCAUCGAUUCUGUACCAUAAUGCUGCUUUCCAGUUUAUUUAAAUGCUGAACAUCAGCAUUUUACUAUGUUCAUGAAUAGCGAUUUCAAUGAAAUCAUCAUGAGGGCUGUCAGCACCAGUCAAGUUUCCACCUUCAAUUAUAAACCAUAUUGGUUUGCUUACAUUAACUCACUGUAUCAGUGGAAUUUUUUAAUAUGUUUUCAGAAGUAUUUAUAUGGCUUUCGGUUAGCGCGUGUUGCAUAUUAUUCUCUGUGCUCCCGUUCAUGUUACUUUCACUCAGGGGAAAGGUCAGUUAUUUAUUUCAUUGUUUGAUAUGAAUGACAGCAGUUCUCUAUGUAAUGCACUUUUCUCAGCAGCACACUUGAUAUCAUAGUUGUCCUUACAGGAGAUGUGUCAUCCGACCGUGUAUGUGAAUAUUUUUUUGAUGAGUCAUACGAGGGGGUGAAAUGUCAGGGUGUUCUGAGGUAAGAAGGUAGAUUUGCCUUCAAGACUUUUCAGAAUCAAAUCACAAUCAUUAAUAUGAUUUAACAAUGUUAAUUCAGUGGAAUAGUAAAGGUUUUUUUUUUGUGUGGGGAUCAUGUCCAUCUUGUAUCAAGAUUUCAAAUGUUGGAAGUUGUUGUUGUUGAGUCAGAGACAUACAUGAUUCACCGUGUUGAAGUACCUAGAGUCCCUCUGGAAAUUCAAAUGAGGGAAAACACACGCUAAUGUCACUUUCUUGUAAAACAGAGAGGACUGUGGAUUUAUGAGAAUUAGUAUGAACACAAAGUACAAAUGUACUUCUAGUGAAUUCAUUUGCUCAUUGUUUUAAUAAUUAUCGCAAACACUUAAUGAAUGAAACCAUCUGACAAAACCAAAUUCUGAGUAUAUAAAGUAGCAUUAAAAUCAGCUUGAUUGAAUGUACAAUGUUUUAUUAUAUCAUUUAUGAAGAGUGAUACCAUUAUGAAAAACAUUUAUAGUUAUUCAUGUAUUUCUGCAAAUCAUUAAUGUUUUAUUAAUGUGUUUGUGUGUUUUGCAUUAUUUGUCAACUGACCAAGCCAAACUAAGUAAAGCUGAUCAAAGUAAAGACCAAGAAUAAACCUCUGUAACUCAGGAUCUUUUAUUGAGACAAAUGUCUUUGGUAUAUGACUAAUAUUUGGAUGAAUAAUAAAAACGCCUUUUCGUAUAUA